AACAAAGAAAACCUGAACCUCGUCAUUUUGCCCCAACACUAAUACAAUACUCCCCCUAGAGUCCUAGACUACACUCUCCAAGAAAUUGCUCACUCACUCUUCAAUUUCUGCCCAUUUUAUCUGAUUCUUCCUUGAUUUUUAUGCUCUUAAUUUCAUUUUACGAUCCAUAAUCUCUCCAAACAACAAUUUGUUAAAGAAAAUAUCAAUUUUACAUUUUGGGGUUUUAGGUUAACUUUUCUGGGUUUAUUCCAUAUUAUUACAAUUUGCCAACUUCCCAUUUUGAUAUAAAAAGGGGUGCAAAAUGAAUUGGUGGGAAAGUGCUGAUGGUGAAAUUCGGGUUUUAAUUGCCCCAGACAAUGGUACAUCUGGGACAGAUGCAGGGCAGUUGCUCUCUCUACGCCAUCCUAAAUCUGGAAUCGCAGCUAAUUAUCUCUAUAUCAAUGAGGGUCUUCAUGAACUCCAGUGGCAUAAAAAAUCCUAUACCUCUUGGUUUUUAGGUGACUAUGUCUGCGAAGACGGAGGCUUGUAUAUAUCAACACCCAUAGAUCCAGUCUUCAUCAUGCUUCCCAUAUUUGAGGAUGCUCGAAUGAAGAAGGCGAAUGAUCCAGGCAAAUUCAGACAAUUAGAUGAGAUAAUUUAUAUUGACGGCUUUCCUGGAUAUCAUCAUCUAUUACCAGUUAUUGAGAAAUCUAUGGGUGUUGUUUGUGAAGUAAAAGAUAUUGGAUCAACAAAGUUCUUUAGGCUGGAUGAUUCCAAGGUUAUAGCUUGGCUGUGUGCAAAGGCUGACCGGUUAAAACAGACUUUACUCACUUUGGACAAGAACUAUGCUGCUCAGGAUGACAAACAUACAUUGGCUGAAGUGGUAUCAAUACUGGGAGAUUAUUUGAGAGACAAGCCCUGGGUGGAACUUUUGUGUAAUCAUCUAAGAUUGGAUUUACAAGAUUUGACAAGGAAAGCAGAUGAUCAUUCUUCCUCCAUGACAGAUAAUUUGCAUCAAUCCUCAGCUCAGGAAAAUGGAGGAGCAGCUUCAACCAACAAGAAAACAGCCAAGACAGCAAGACAGGGGAAAAAGGUGAAGAUAGAGACAGAUUCACAUAACAUAAAAGAUAUGUUUACUAGAGCAACGAGAAGCAGAACAAAGACAACACAGUAGAAGAAAAAAUCUAUAACUAUUUAUAGGAAUUUUAGUGUCAAUUUUCAUGAGCUUUUGUUCAAUCAAAAUUCUGGAACCUAGCCAAGCUUGUGAUGUCUUAGAGAAUGUUGAACAUACAGUGACAGUCCAUUAAUGUGUAUCUUCUGAUUUUUUGUAUCUUCUCUUUCUUUCAUUGAACUCUCUUCUUUUUCUUCUUAUUAUUCCCCUCUUUUCAGGAGAGGGAAAUGGUGUUCUACAUAUCUCUUGUCAUAUUCCUCCUCUUGGUUAUAUAAAUAUGUUUGAAGUU